UUACAAAACUCAACAUCAACUGUAUCGGAUGGUCACCAUCCUCUUUAAACAUCAGGACUCGGCCGUUCUUGACGUUUCUUACUUGAUAUCGAUUCAAGUCCCUAGCCUUUUCCCUGGGCUGCUUCUUCUCAGCUUCAACCUCGACCUCGCUUUGCGGGGCGACCCCUCCCCAUCGCCUUCACACACCGAUCCCGACACCAUCCCAUCACCCUUUCAUCCCUCCUCAAAAUGCCACUCUCCUCCCUCCCCUCAACCUCCGGCCGCAAACCCAAACCGGACGCCAAAACCCUCAACGCGCGUCUCGCCCACACAAUUCCACACACCUCCUCCCCUCCUUACGCCCACUACUCAACCCCUCUGCACAGCUCGGUGGGCUCGUACAACUCACCCACGCCCCCCUCCUCACCACCCCGCGAAUUCACCACCCCAAUCUCCCCGCCGAUUCCCGGAGAAGGCCGCGCUCGGCUGGAACCACAUCUCCCCACCCUUCAAGCACUCGACAAAGUCUACUCCCAGAGCGAGCAUCCUGUUCUGGACGGGUGUCGGAUGAUUGGUGCUGGUGGCGUUGGGAAUCCUUGGCCUGAAGCGAAACGCCGGCUGCGAGAUGAAGAAAGGGGUGUUCAAGGUAGAAUUGGUGGUGGUGGCGGUGGUGGUGGUGGAUUGGAUGGAGGCGACGGGAGAAUGGAGGAGGAUUUUGAUGAGGGUAUCGAAGUCAGGACAAGAAAGGCGAUGAAGGUGUUGGAGGAUCAUAUUAGGGACCGCACGCCGUUUGUGCAGGCGAGUAGCAGGCGGAUGCAAGCCGUUAUGGGCGUUAGGAAUGAGUUGGCUUUUGACCUCCCAGACAUCAAACGCCCAACGGCCUACGUCCCCCUACCCACCCCACCGUCCUCUCUCGAUGCAGGCCAUUCGACCCGCACCACAGCCCGCAACCCCUCUACCUUCCACUUCAUCAACCCGCUCUCCCCGCUCAACAGCCCAUCCGUCGAUUCGCAAACUGGAAAAGGAUUGAGAGAAUGGUUUCUGAGCAAGGGCAAGGAGUUCGGGAUGCGCAAGAUGGAGUGCAGGAGUAUCUCUUUCCAUGACUUCACCCCGGAUAUGCGAAAUAAUACCUGGAGCAAUAAGUUGUUGGGUCAUUUUACUGCGGAUGGGGCGCGAGAGAGGGUGGAUUUUUAUGAAGUCGAUUUACCAACAGCAACCACUGACCCCUCAACCGGCACCCAAAUCCCAACCACCCAAACCUGGCUCUGGUUUCUCAUCUCCCGACCCCUUUUGACCAUCAACGCCAAAAACACGUCUACUCGCCCUCCCUCGCACAACAAAAUCUCGCACCCCUCGUCUGUCUCGAACUCGCCGCAAACAUGCCACACACCAAGCACUCGCCCCCCAAACUCGCCUGCUCAAUGGCCUACCCCCUCUCUGGUGCACCCCCAACCCAAUUCUAACUACACCCUUCCGCCAAACUUCCAAAUUCCAAUCCCAACAAGCUGGCUAGUCUUCGCCUGCCCCCUCGAAAACGUCACCGCGUACCCGGAAGCUCUCGACACCCAAUCCUCUUCUGGCACCUCAUCCUUCUCAUCUCGCACCAAAUUCCCCUCUUCUUCGAGAAAAGGUGGCAAGAAAAUAUACAAGAGGAGAGAUUUCGAUUUCAGCCAUAACGGCCUACCGGUUUUCGAAUUCAAUAAUACCACUGGUGGGAUGUUCAACGGAGAUGAUGGGAGCGAGCUGCCGCCAUUCCUGGAAGUCGGCGGGAUUGGCCCGUUCUAUUCAGGCGACGAGCAUGAAAGCUUAUCCGAUGCCGACCGCGAGGCGAAAAUCAAGCAAUCCGGAGAGAACGAGAAAUACUGGCUCGGCCCGGAGCAAGGCGGAAAGAAGGUAGUGUCUCCGUACAAGGGACAAUGGUGGGAAGUCUUCUACGAGCAGAUUGCCGCGGACGCUGCGCGCUGGGAGGGCAUCCGUGCUGCUAUGAGUCGGGGCAAGUGCAGAGUCGUUAUUCGGUACAUGGAAUUCGCUGAAGAUACAAAUUUCGAGUCGGAUAAUCUGGCUAUGGCGAUUGGUUGCGAGGUUAAAGGCUUAUUUGGGCUUGGGAUUGGUGGUCUGGAUGCUGGAGCUUGUGGUGGUGGUGAAGAAGGCAAGAAAAUCAAAGAGCGCAUUGCUGGUAGACAGAGGUUGACGAGGAGCGAGACGAGACGAAGAAGUGGAUUGGGGUUGAUUGAGGUUAGUAGCAGUGGAGCUGCUGUUGGGAUUGGUGGUCCGGGGGCUAUGGGUGCCGGAAAGGGGAAAGGCAAGAGUGGUGGGAGGAAGUGAGCUCAGGAACGAGACGAGGACCGGCAAUGGGUGAGCAGUUGCAAGGUGGGAGUGUAUUGGUGAGAGAGUGUACGAUACUGGAUUGAUAUUUUCCGCUCCAACGAGCGGAGUGUGGCUCUUGCAAGGAGCUCUGGCUGAGAUAUUUGAGUGUUCCAGAUAUGAGGGACAGUGCGUGCUGAUGAGGGAUGGAUGGAUGGGUUGGGAAAAAAUGAACUUGCUAGAUAGGAUGAAUGGAUUCGCCCGAUUUGCACUGGAGCCACUUUAUGUUGUCAUUGUUCCUUGUGUUGUCUCGAGUGAGGAGUUUGGAAUAUUGUCCCGAGUGCGAGAAAGCAUCCAGAGCGAGACUCAUGC